AUGCGUCCAACAAUUUUCCAGUGCGCUGCAUUGGUAAUGCUGUCGCUGUUGCUGCGCCACGCGCAUGCCGCCUACAAUUGUUCAUCGCCGCCGAAUUUUAACAAUUUCGACGUGAACUCGUGCUGCCGCACGCCGGAAAUCAAUCUGGGCAACGUGCCACAAAAAUGCCAGCAGCACGUAAAUCAACUUAAGUCCGCCAAUCAGAAGUAUCCGGCCUUUGCGCAUCUGUGCUAUCCGGAGUGCAUAUACAGAGAGACGGGCGCCCUGGUCAAUGGCAGACUGCAUAUGGACAAGGUGCGACAAUAUCUGCAGGAGCAUGUGCAUCGACGCGAUCGCGAGGUGGUGCCACACAUUGUGCGCUCCUUUGAGACAUGCCGGAAAAACAUUCAUGGCCACAUGAAGGCCGCAAAGCUCGAGUCGUAUAAGGUGCUGCCCCAGGGCUGUUCGCCCUAUGCCGCCAUGCUGUACAGCUGCGUCAAUGCGGAGACCUUUAUCAACUGUCCGGCCAAGAUGUGGAAGUCGGACGAGCACUGCCUCGUGGCCAAACAGUUUGCCGAGCAAUGCAAUCCUCUGCCGCACGUACCGCUGCCCAUGAGCUGA